GUGGUUGUGAUGACAUGGUGGUGGGCGCUUGCGCUCCUAGCGCUGGCGACUCCCGCCCGCCCCGCGCCCCGGGCGGGCAACGGUGAGCUAAUUUACAGUUACCAAAUGUCCCGCAAAUCAUGCGAGGCCGGUGGGUCGCGAGGCUCCUGCAUGUGGGUGCAAGAAUGCAACCGAGUCGGGGGCAAACAUGCAGGAGUGUGCAUAGACCGAUUCAUCAUCGGCUCUUGCUGUUUACUGCCAGAGAAGCCAAUCAGUAUAGAAGAAACACAAAGUCCAGUCACAAUGACAGAAAAACCAUAUACACCGCCACCUAGCGGUCACAGCACGACGCACCAGCAAGUGGAGGCGUCAACACAAACAAUAGCACGGCCAAACUGGCAAACUCAGAGACCGUCGUUCAUGACCAAACCAAUAGAUGGCGCGCCCACGUCCUACAGUUAUAGACCGCCAGAAAUAAACUUACCUUCCUUAGACAAUUUAGAAUCGAGUAGCGAAAAAAAUAGUGAUAUAGUUAAUAAAAUAACGUAUAACAGUGUAAAUAAGUACCAAAAUGUAAAUAGGCCGAGUGAAGCGGAAACUAGUCCCCACAAUAAGAUUUCGUCUAGUCUUAGUAUAUUAUCGGGAGCGCGGCCGAUGGCCGUGUCGGAGCAGCAUGCUGAAAAUAGCAUUUCGUCAGCACAAAUAAUGUCGAGACCAAGCAACUUGAACACCAUCCACUGGCAGGCGACGACAGAGCCCUCCUUUAUCACGAAACCCCGACCCUCCAACUGGGAGAAGCCGGCUGGCAAGCCGAAGCCAACGAAGAAGUUCACCACGACCACCAGCAAGCCGCACAAGAACUACCAGAAGCCGAAGGAUCCGUACGUCAAGACGGACGAGUCGACGCAAGCGCCGAUUCAGACCACGGCGGCGGCUACUAAUAAUGCUUAGUGCGGUGUAACAUCAAUGUGGCCGCGUCCAGAGACGCGGAUCAUGGGCGGCAAGGACUCCAGCUUCGGCAAGUGGCCGUGGCAGGUGUCUGUGAGACGGAACUCCUACUUCGGGUUUUCCUCCACGCAUCGGUGUGGGGGCGCCAUCAUCAACGAAGGCUGGAUCGCUACGGCUGGCCAUUGUGUUGAUGACCUCCUCACCUCCCAAAUAAGGAUACGAGUCGGCGAAUACGACUUCUCAUCAGUGUCAGAACAGUACCCGUUUGUGGAACGCGGCGUGGCACGGAAGGCCGUCCAUCCCAAGUACAAUUUCUUCACGUACGAGUACGAUCUGGCGCUGGUGAAGUUAGAAGCGCCGGUUCAGUUCGCCCCCCAUAUAUCCCCGAUCUGUCUGCCGGCGACCGAUGACCUGCUGGUGGGGGAAAACGCCACUGUGACAGGGUGGGGCAGGCUGUCUGAGGGAGGGGUGCUGCCGUCUAUUUUACAAGAGGUGCAAGUGCCAAUAGUGUCGAACGAGCGGUGCAAGUCGAUGUUCCUCCGGGCUGGCAGGCACGAGUUCAUACCAGACAUCUUCCUGUGCGCCGGCCACGAGAGAGGCGGCCACGACUCCUGCCAGGGAGACUCGGGGGGGCCGCUACAGGUAAAAGGGAAAGACCAAAGGUAUUUCCUCGCCGGCAUCAUUAGUUGGGGUAUAGGAUGCGGCGAAGCGAAUCUGCCCGGCGUUUGCACGAGAAUAUCAAAAUUUGUGCCCUGGAUAUUACAGACGGUGAACUCUUAAGAGAUACUUUGUGAAGUGCUGAAUGAACGUGCGCGUAGGCGCGACAAACGACUCAAUAUGACCACGAACGGACUUAACAAGUGCAUUGCAAGUUACCUUCAAAAAUGUUGAAUGGAAUCAACAUUUUCUGAGGCGUUUCAUUUGGAAUAGUCCACCCGAAGCUGUAGAGCCUAACGACACUGUAGUUUGCGUUUUGAAGCUUCAAAGCGGUGAUAAGCUCGGCUUGAACAAUAGAACGCCUUUUAUCAACUCAAUUCUCCAGGGAUACUCUUGAAGAGUCCUUAUUAAUGGUUCCGUUUGUCCCUCUCAUAUGUCCCAAGUUUCUGGAAGGUGCGAGAGUGGCAAAUGAAGUCAGAAAUUCGGGAAUCAAGUUGCAGAGUGUCCCUGCCCUAUACCAAUAAACGUUGGACCGAUGUUAUCAUUGAUAGUAUUUUAUUUUUACUGAUUUACUUGACGAAAUUUUAUUGUAAGUUGAAGUUUAUUGGUAAAGGGGAACGGUGCAAGAAUUAAUUGUAUUCUUCCGCCUUAAGCACUUGGUACCAUUUCGUAUAUUUCGUGUAAAUAAUGUAAA